CAAAAAUUCUGGUGUCAGUUUUGUUGGGCAAAGAUCCUUCACUUAAGUAAAGGACAAAAGUUCAUAUUGAGAUUCAUUAACUCAUAAUUCAUGCUGCAACUAAAAGGCUUUCUACCAUAUACUGUGGUUCAAUACAAUGCAGAGCUUGGAGGACAGGCGAAUGAUGCAUAUCUGUUUUAAUAUGGAACAGGAAGAUGAUUUAGGACAUCAGCAGCUACAUAAAAAUGCCCUGAAUCAACAGAAUGAGAUCCUUCAUCUUCCAAAUAUCUGUUCAUUAGUGAAAAGCUCUCAAGUGGAUAAUAAUCAUUUGCAAAAGGAGUUCUUCUCUCUCAAGAUCAGGAACUGUUCUCUUUUUAAAGCUGUCCCGCUGCCUCAUAUUGGCAAAAAAGCAUCACCCCAUCAGAGUGGAGGGGCAAGUGGAGUUGCUUUCUCCAAGGAAUCACUUGGUGUGCUUUUUUCCCCAGAAAAAGAUCUAUUUGAGAAGCACUUUAAUAAUUUUGAUAGUACUGCAGUGGCGGGCUGGCUGGAUACAGCCCAAAACCUCAUUAGUGAGAUGGGGGAAUGGAGUUGUUCUGGAGACAACUUUGUUCACUUUGCACAUUUCUGGCUGUCUGAGCUCCAGUUAAAUCAAAAACAACAACUGUUGGAAUUGGAAAUGGGAGUUAUCGAGGAUGAAGUUCGCCUUGCGUUUCUUGAGGGACCAGACUCCAAUGAAAUCCAGCCUUCAGAGUUGAACUCUAUUCUUGCUGCUUCACUCAGUGAAUAUCACAUGGGACUUCUGAACAACCAGAAUGCAUUAGUUUUUCUUGACUACUUAAACCUCAUGUCUUCAGUAGAUGCAUCUGAAUAUAAGGAAAUGCUUUCAAACAUACAGUACACAAUCAAGAACCCUCAAAUAACUCAGUGGUUGCUAGCUAUACGAGCAUUUGCACUCGCCAGUCUUUGGCAAGCAAUAGUGAAGUUCUAUAAGACAUUGGUCCAUACCCAGCAGUCUUCUGAACAACCUGACAAGAGUUCUGUUUCUGCCAAUAGAAAGCAAUCCAAUGAAGUGGUUAAAGAAAGAGCUCUCCAGGCAGUUCAGCUGGGAUACCCGGAUGUCUUGGAUUAUCUUGUUAGAAGCCAAAAGCUGGAUCUUGGUGUUGUGGAUGAAAAAAACAGAAACCUUUUAUUUUUAGCCACUAUAUAUGAUCAGUCUAAGAUUUUGGAUUAUUUCCUGGAAAUGGCAUUUCCUAUACCUGAUGUAAACCAAGCAUCAGAAAAUGGAAACACACCUCUUCAUGCCGCUGUAAACACUGGGAAAAUGCAUCUCGUCUCUUUGCUUUUGCAUUACCCUGGUAUAAAUGUGAAUGUCCAAAAUCCACAGUGUGAUGGAGCAACACCUCUACAUUUUGCUAUUGUUUAUGGGCAUCUGGGAAUUUGCUAUUUAUUGCUGAAUGCCACUGCUGAUGUACAAAGUCCAAUGGGAGGAUUAACACCAUUGCAACUUGCAGAAAUGUUUGGUAAUGAAACUAUAAUUGGCCUUAUAAAAAUGCAUGUGAGGAAAUUUAAGCUUGAAAAUAAACUGUUUGCCUGAUCUACUUUA